GCUGCCAGGGGGAGGCACAACACUGCUACCCAAGCCAAACAUCAGUUUGUAAUCUACUGCGUUGGCUUGGAAGCCUGAGUCAGGGAUGAGAAGGAGUGAAAUGAGCAGAGGGAAAGGAUUAGACUUCAGAUUUGCAGAGUUCAAUAAGCUGGAGAAGGAAUGGAUAUCAUGGGAUAACUGUGAGCAUGUUUAGGGAUGAGGCAGAAAGAAUAUCCAUGGAGUCUUGUGGCUAAACUGCCGAGUCAUGUUGUGACGUUUGUCCAAAUGUUGUGUGAAAUGUUGUGUGAAAGCAGCCUGUAUCCUACAGCAUCCUGCUCUGUUCUGGAGGUGGAGAGGAAGAGUUUUACUAUUAGCAUCAGCAGCCAGCAGCAUUCAAAGUGAAUAAUUCGUCUGAUGCAGGAAGAAGAAGCAGCAUAAUGAGCCGAUAAAGUUGUCUCCACAGGGAGGGUCAGAUGCUGUGUAUCUGGUAGCAUCUGAAUAUUGACUGCAAGCCAUAACGUUGCUCAACAGGAGGUAUGGUCCUGUGCUGAUGGCGCACUCUGAGCUGUUUGUGACAAGAGCGCCCCCUGUGGAGGGGAGAGCUGUGGAGCUGGAUGUUCUGAGCUACCUGGACCCUUUUGGGGAAGAAAACAAUACUGCUGAAAGAUGCUACCGCUCGCACUCCCGUAGCAGCGUCCUCCAGGGUCUGCCGUUUGGAGGGGUGCCCACAGUCCUCGCCAUCAAUGUCGUGCUCUGGAUGUUCUUGUUGCUCAUCUUCUCUUGUCUGAGGAAGGCUGCAUGGGACUAUGGCCGCCUGGCUUUGCUGAUGGAGAAUGAUAGUCUCACAUCCCUGUUUUAUGGAGAACCAAGUGAGAAAGAAAAGUCUCCAUCCGAGUCUAGUCCCUCCGACUCUGAGACCAAGGACAUGGGCUUCUGCUCGUGGCUCUCAUCACUUUACCACAUGAAGGAUGAGGAGAUACGUAGCAAAUGCGGGAUUGACGCCGUCACAUACCUGUCCUUCCAGCGCCACAUCAUCGUGCUCAUGACAGUGGUUUGCCUGCUGUCUUUGGCCGUAAUCCUGCCGGUCAACUUUUCCGGGAACCUCCUGGGAGACAGUCCUGAAAACUUUGGAAGAACAACACUGGCUAAUGUUAGCGCAAAGGACAGCUUUCUGUGGCUCCACAGCAUCUUGGCUCUGGUCUACUUCAUCGUCACGUUGCUGUGUAUGGCUCACCACUUGAUACGGCUGGAGUACGGAGAAGAUGAGAAGGUAGCCAGGACACUGAUGAUUACCUCCAUACCAAGAGAGAUCUCUGACCCAGGACUCAUCACCAAACACUUCCAUGAGGCCUACCCCAGCUGUACUGUCACUGAUAUCCGUUUCUGCUUUGAUGUCCACAAUCUGAUGAGACUGGAUUUAGAGAGACGCAAGGCAAUGAAAGGCAGGCUGUACUUUGCCACAAAGGCCCAAAAGGAGGGGAAGAUCAUGAUCAAGACCCAUCCGUGUGCUCAGAUAUUCUGCUGCGACAUCUGUGGCUUUGAAAAGGUGGAUGCAGAACAGUACUACAGCGAGUUAGAAGAAAAGCGGACAGACGAGUUUAAUGCCGAGAAGAACCGCAUUUCCAUGAAGAGGCUCGGCAUCGCCUUUGUGACUUUUCGUGAUGAGAGGAUGACUGCUGUCAUUGUGAAGGACUACGGUUGUGUGCGCUGCCGUCGCAGCCCUCAGCAGUCCAGCAUCACCACUGUGGUGCAGUCGCAUAAAUGGGGGGUCAGCUACGCACCUGCUCCCAGUGACAUCAUCUGGGAAAACCUGUCAGUUUGCGGAUCUCGCUGGUGGUUGCAAUGCGUCCUCCUCAACAUCCUCCUCUUCCUGUUGCUCUUCUUCCUCACCACUCCUGCCAUCAUCGUCAACACGAUGGACAAGUUCAACGUCACAAAGCCUGUGGACAGUCUGCGGAGCCCUGUCAUUACCCAGUUCUUCCCAACCCUCCUGCUGUGGGCGUUUUCGGUGCUGCUGCCCUUUAUCGUCUAUUACUCAGCCUUCUUUGAGUCCCACUGGACCAGAUCUGGUGAGAACCAAGUAACGAUGCACAAGUGUUUUUUCCUGCUGGUUUUCAUGGUCAUCAUCCUGCCCUCACUUGGUCUGUCCAGUCUGGACCUGUUCUUCACAUGGCUCUUCGAUGUCAACUUCCUGGAUGAGAAGGAGGUCAAAUUCCAGUGUGUGUUUCUUCCCGACAACGGUGCAUUCUUUGUAAACUAUGUGAUUACAUCCAGUCUGAUUGGCACAUCUAUGGAGCUGCUUCGUAUCCCAGCACUGACGGUGUAUGCCGUCCGCCUCUGCUUUGCCAAGUCCCAGGCUGAGCGCAUUCAUGUCAAACGGAGCCAGGCCUAUGAGUUCCAGUUUGGCCUGGAGUAUGCGUGGACCAUGUGUAUCUUUGCAGUCAGCAUGACCUACAGCAUCACAUGUCCCAUCAUUACACCCUUUGGUCUGCUCUAUGUGAUCCUGAAGCACAUGGUUGACCGAUACAACAUCUACUAUGCAUACGUUCCCACCAAACUCAGCCAGCGGAUCCACAGAGCAGCCAUCAGCCAGGUCAUCCUGGCUCCCAUCCUCUGCAUGUUCUGGCUGCUCUUCUUCUCUAUGCUCAGAUUAGGUCCAGUGCAUCCCAUCACCCUCUUCACCUUAGUGUCCCUGAUCUCCUGUAUUGCCUUUUCCCUCUUCCGCUUGUGCCUUAGGAAGCAACCAGACAAGUCAACGAGCUACCAGAUGUCUGAUCAGCCAGCAGAGGGGACGUUCACUGAUGGAGACAGUAGUACUGUAACAUCCACCACUGCCUCCAGUCUGUUUGUGGCGUCCGUGCUGCUGGAACCAGAGCUGGCUUUGACUCCCAUGCCCUCCCCUGCCCACCACAGCUACGGCGCCAUGGCCAGCUCCCAGAGUACAAGCCACGGCCCAGAGGAAGAAGAGGAGUGUGAGGAAGGCCACGCCCAGACCUAUGAGACUGAGCUCCAAGACCCCCCAGACCCCUACUGCUCCAGCCCGCUCAUGGACAGCCAUGUGGGCUUCCAGUAACACCAAAUCCCCCAUGCUGAUUCUACGUGUCCUUCACCUGGGGAACACAGAUUGCUAAAUGCCACAAUGCCCCAUUUUCGCGUCAAACCUCAGAUUCCAACUUAGCUGCCUCAGACCCUGAGACCAGACUUGGCUUGUUAGAAAGGAUGAACAACCCUUAGAGGAAAGAAUACAGGAGCAGGAUCCAUGUAAACAUCACUAUAAAUAUAUAGACAGCAGUUUGCCAAAACAUCUCCUGAACCUGUCUCACGGACAAAAUACAUCAAUCUCUACAGAAGAUACAUCCCUAAAUGUACAAAUUAUUUUAGUUAGUUUAGUAAACUAUUGGAUGCUCCGUGAAAGGGAUUCCAGCUUCUUCUAUGGCUUCAUUUGCAAGUUAAAAAGGUUAAAAGUAAUGAAAGUGACUGGGGCGGAAUUUCCUUUUGGGCUGCUAUCAGAGAUAGUCUGUCCAUCCUGUGCCACUUGAACAUGAGUGGAGGUGAAAGUUCCCAUCAGUGUGGGUGGUGUGAGCAGGCUUGCCCCGGCAGACUGACAGAGUGGUCUGGGCACGGGUGAUAUCUGGUUCCUCAGCGACAGAGCUUAGGGAGACUGAGGGUGAGGGCAGCUAGUUGUGAAGCCAUCUGCAGUGAGAGAGCAGACAGACGGAGCAGGGCCGAAUGUAACUCAGACAUGUACUGUAAUAUAUGUACACUCUCUCUAAGAAGGCGCAAGCAGCUUGACUGUACCUGAAGCUUAUUGUAACUAUUAUCAAUUUAAGGUUGCUAUUUUUGCUACAGAAUUUCUGGUGUCAUUGAUAUUGUGCUUUGGGUUUGGGGCUUUGGCUACUGGAGAUUGGUUAAGGAUUUGCAGAGCUGUCCCAUCUUAAUCAAAGUAUUCCGUCAUUAUGCUGUUUUGACUGUGUAUGUGAUCCUACUCGAUUUUUAUUUAUUUAUUUUAUAGGUAUAGUUCAACAUUUGGCGUAUGCUAGUUUGCUUUCUUGCUGAGAGUUAGAUGAGAAGAUCGAUACCACUCUCAGAUAUGAUCUUCUCAUUUAACUCUCGGCAUGAAUGCAAAUACCUUUAUAUCCCAAAUUGUAGAACAUUUUGAAAAUACGUAUGCCAUAGUCUACUUUCUCUCAUUGCAAGAAAACAAUAUCGAAAUCUCUUGAGGAAUUUAAAUUUUUAAUUAUGUGACAUACUGUGUUACUACUAAGGCCAUUAUAUUAAAUAAUAAUAAUGCGUUACCAUAAUGGCUCAAAAUCGUUUCUUGGUAUUUGUUUAGUGUUGGUCACAGUUCUGUGAUGAAAAUAAAAUGAUAAAAAAAUGUUUUAUUUAUGUCCCAAAUACAAACAGUAAUAUUCAGGAACUACCAGACUGUACCAUGAUUUCAGUUGCAUUAGCCUAUUCUGUGUGACACUCCACUGCAUGUUGACUAUGUUGUAUAAAUGAGGUAUGCAUUUCCAUCCUUAGCCAUAAGAUCAGGUUUCACACGUGCUAAUCUCAUUGUUUUACCGUCAGUCUGUAUGUUUGCAAGUUUUGUAUUUUGGGAUUAUUUUUAAGUUUUUUUUUUUGUGGAGGGAUGAAAGUUUUUUUCUUCUCAUGAAACUGAAUGGUUAACUGAUUGCAGUUUGUUAUUUAUGUCUCUUGCUGUGCCUUGAACAAACACUCCCUUUCGUGUGACAAUCCAGCAUGACCUAAAAUAUGCUGCAUGGACUGAAAACUAUAAAGCGGAGAAACAUCAAAGAGAUGAAAACAGAACAACAACAAACACAAAAACAACCCAGAGUAGUGCUUUUCAUUCAACAGUCAAUUGGUAGUUAGUCAACAAACAAGCAGUAGGCUCAUUCCACUAAAAUAUUGACAAUCUUCACACAAGGUCCACUUACCUCCAUUUUCUGGAGCUUUCGACCAUAUAACAUGGCCUUCAUCUGCAGAUUAGUUUGUUCAGAUGUCAUGGAAUUGCAGCUGUUUAAACUUUCCACUCUUCUCUGCAUGUUUAGGAAUUUUCUCCAUGCUUUAAAGUUAAUUCUUGACUAUGAUGAGAAAACAACUCAAUCAAAGUCCACUUACUUGCCUUUUAUAGAGCUUUUAAGAGUAAACUAAAUGAUUGUCUACAGCUCAAACAACUGAACAAAGUUCAUCUGCAGAUGAAGACCAUAUGAUGGGAUCAAAAGUCCCGGAACAAGCAAGUACGUUUUUCUUUUUUUUUUUAAGGUCAAGAACUGUCCAGGUCAACACUAAGCUAACUUACUGUGUGUCUCUACAUCACAGCAGUUCCAUCGCUUUUUUAAAGAUGUUUUGUAUCGUGUCUUUGUUGGUGCCUAGUUGUUAAUAUCAAUUAAUAUAUUUGUGCUUCUAAGCUGUUGUAUUCUUUGAUCAUACAGAUUAUCCAAUAAGUAUGACCAAGCUCUCUGUAGAGGAUAAAGCAUCUUUCCCUUGUAUAUGAUUUCUCUAUAGGCCAUUUUAAUUCUAACAUAUUUGAUUAACCGUGACCGCACUGUUGUUGAUUAGUUCAGUAGAUCUUCUCUCAGAACAGCUGUAAAGCUUAUUGUUGUUCAGUCCUGUUGUUUUAGUUCAUUUUGUGUUCUGUAUGAGAGGGUUUGUUAUAGUUUAAUCAUUGAAAAUCAUAGGCCUGUGAUACGAUUUUUUUUCAGCUGUACUUUAAAAUGUAUUAUAAUUUGUAUUCCAUAAAAUUAUAUAUAUUAGCUCCAUUUUGCAAGGAAUCUAACUGUAGUUUUUAAUGCUGUAUAAAACAGAUGUAAACCGACAGCAGAGAGAGAACGAAGUGGUUGGUGCAGAGAAUCAGGAAGUAAAAUGUAUUUGGAAAAAAAACAUCAAAGCGCAUCUCAAAAUUUCUGUCUCUGAACUAUCAACAUGUCCUGUGGGUUUCUCUCGCAGAAGCUUGUUACACAGAUCAUUAAACAUACUUUCCUUUGAAAAAUAUAAUAAAACGUAUUAGGGUAUUCUUAGCUCUAAUGACCAUGCAAGGAGGGAUUGUCCGUUUUCAUGUUUAACUAGUUUUAUUGUAUCCUGUCAAGUCUGUUCAUAUACUGUCGGGUUGGCCAUCCGAGGUCUAUUUAGAAGUAAAUUAGCUUUCCACAUGUCCACCGGUUUUUGCUCUUGUUUAUAAAAUGUGUGUAUCAUAAGUACUUUAUUUCAUGCAGUAUGUGAGCCUGCUGUAAAUGUGGGUUGUUAUAUCUCCAAGAAGGUUGAGGUUUAAGGACAGACUGCAUUUGAGAUUUAUCUCUGUCAGACUAACGAGUUUUCAUCUGUCAAAAGUGAAGUGCUGUGAUCUGAAAUUAAAAUUAAUUCAGCUCAAUCCA